CAAACUACACAGAAAUUAACUCAUAAGUUUUCCAUUGGUUAUACACAAAAAAAUUCAUUAAGAGAGAAGCGACAAAUAGAUAGGGACAACAGAACGAAAAGAAUUUUUCUGCGACGAAGUGAUCGUGCGACGAAAUGAUUGCGACGAAGUGAACGCGACGAAAUGUCGUGCGACGAUAUGUGCUAGUGUCGUAUACGUUUUACCAUAAAGUACUUUUUUCUCACGUACAAAAAGUGUUAUAGGUAAUAAUAAGUGAAUCUUUCUUAGCAACUAUUAGUAUAUUUAAAAGUGAAAGUAAUUUUUAUUAAUAAAGUAACUGAACUAUUCGGGUAAAAACAGCACUAUUAAAUACUUUCAAUCGUUUCUUUAGCCAAAAAAACAUUACUUUUAAUUGAAUCUGUUCAUAACAACUACUUUCUGUUUAAAAACAAAACUAGUGAAAGUAGUUAUUAGUGUUUUUUUUGUCAUAGUUUUUUAUAUGGGUACUAUGCAUAAAUAGUUGAAAAGGAAUCAAUUGCUAGUAUGAAAAGUAAUGAAAGGUAAUUUUGGCUUAUAAGUAUACUAAUAGUUACUUUAAAAGGCUGACUUAAUAUUAUUUUUGGUAAUUUUCUGCACACAGACAACAAAUACUUUUUCAUGAUUUUGUGAGGAAAACUUGUUUAGUUGAAUAUACAGCCUCACAAAGUCCAGUAGAUACUAGUCUUCAACAUGUGCAUGAGGAUCAGUUUAGAAAAGAUAUUGGCAUGCGCAUCCGUACGCCUCAGCUCUUCUUCUAUUCCAACAACACUGUUCAUUCCAAAACGAACACACCUCAUUCUCAGACAAAAAUAAUUACACAGUAGCAUGCAGAAUUUUUAUUACCAUUCCAUAGAUAAUGGCAUGGCGCAACUUUCAAAAAAGUGAAGCCUUGCUUUGACUGUCCCACAGCGUUUUUAGAGUAUCCGAUAUUUCUAUGUUUUUGAUUCACAGAACAUUUUCAGAAGGCACUUGAGAUUUUCUUGCAAUACAGUGACAGUUCAUAACUCACUGUUAUUCUGUUUCUUAGAGAAAGGUUCCAUGAAUAUGCAUUAUCUCCUUUUUUUGUGGCACUACUGUUCACUGAUUAAUCAAAAACGAGCACAAAAUAAAAACCAAUACAAUGCGAUCUAUUAAAAACUGAGAAAAGAAAAUCAAGCCGAGAGGGGCACAAUCUAAGGUAGGUUUUAAUAUUACUUUUAUUAAUGAUGUAUUAGUGUUGAUAUUUGGUAAUUCAUUCUGAUCAGAAAUUUGCUGAUCUUCCAAGAGUAGCAUUUCAACGAAAAAUACUACAGAUGAUCGUUGCUUGCCAAAUCUAAUUGGAUAGGAUUCUAUGGUGAUGAUAUCAUUUUUGACUGAACCAUACCUUGUGAUGAGCGUGAUUUUGUGCUUUGUCUUGUCGAUUACAUAUGGCUUUGUCGAAAUUGAAUGAAUCACAGGCGUGGGCAUUACUUGACCAGCCAAUUUAUUAAAAAGCACCAUGCUAAUUAACCAUACAGUAAACAGUAGCUUUGUAUCGCACAUUGUUAAUAGCUUGAUGUUUGUAUUGGCAAAUCAGUAAAUUACAGUGUAUCAGUUGUUUGUGACUUAGUUGAAAUAUGCUUCUGAAGAUAUACUAUAACAGUGUGCGUGAUAGAGAGAGAGAGAGAGAGAGACAGAAAAAAACACAUACCUGUUCUCUUUAGAAAUUAUUGAAGGAGGCGUUGCUUUCACUCAUAACCCUUCUGAUUCUUUGAUGAUAACUAAAAAGCUAUGGUCCAAUGAAAAUAUCGUCAGGUGGAUACUAGUGUCGUUUUAUGAUAGGACAGAAUAUUAUUUUCGUGAGCGUUUGCUUCGUAGGUGAGAUAAAAUAAUGCAUAAACACAAAUAUUGGUGUAUGUAUCGUUUCGUAGCCAACUGAAUCAAUGAAGUACGUUUUUUUCCCCUUUGCUUUCUAUCCGAUCAACAACCGAAGCAAGCAGAGAUAUAUGCAACGUUGUAUAAUCAGUAACCCUAUUUUUUUGAUGAUACAGCAAUACAUGAUAUAGUUAAUUAGGUAUAGCGUUUUUUUCUCUCUUCCUGAUCACCUGAGGUUACCUGAGAUACGAACAUAAUGAGGUAAAUGAUGAUUCCACAUAUCAAGAAAAUAUUGCCUUCGUCCAAAGUACGAUGUACGAUGUACUAUUUUUUUCACAUCAAAUAUAACCCCUAUUUGCUUUUUUUCAAUCCAACUAGGCCAUUUAGUGAUAUCGAAUGACUUAAACACAUGUAUAUUUUUCCCUCGACUGCAGAGAGGGUCAUAUGAAAUAAAAUGCGUUUGUUUGCUUGAUUUCUUGGUUGCUUGAUUGGGGUCAAAAAAACAUUUAUUAGAGGUUAGCAUAUCUUCAGACUUUUGGCUCUUCUAAUUGAGCUUCGCUCUACGUUAUCGGCAGCUCUGAAUCCGAAUCCGGAGCCCAUUUUUUCGGCCGUCGUCUCAUUGGUCGGGAGUCGACCAAUCAAAAACGAACUUUCUUAUUUUAAGACUUUUGGCCCUCCUGAUUGAACUUUGCUGAAAGUUAUCGACAGCGCUGAAUCCGAAUCCGAAGCCCACUUCUUUGGCCGAGCUUUCAUUGGUCGGGAAGUGACCAAUCCGAAAUGAGCUUUCUUAAUUAAAGACAUUUAGCCGGUUGUAUUGAACUGUGCUAUAGGUUAUUGAGGGCCUUGAAUCUGAAUCCGAAUCCGAAGCCCACUCCUUUGCCCAAGGCUUCAUUGGCCAGGAGCUGACCAAUCAGAAAUGAACAUUCUUAAUCAAAGAUAUUUGGCCUUUUUAUCAAAGUUUGCUAUAGGAGCGAAAUCUUUCUUCAGGAUGUUGUAUGUUUUUGUGAAAGAUACCGUAAUAGAAAGUUUGACUGAAGAUUGAUAGUGCACUUACGUGUGUUGAGUUUCUUAAGCAUUGGUUUUGUCUGAAUCGCCCACAAAUAAGAAGUGUGUUGCUUGAAAAAGUGAAAGUAAACACAUUUUUCAACUUUGCCGUUUUGAGUAGAAUGGUGAGAGAAAGAAGAUACGAGGGUGUGUGUGUGGGUGUGGGGUGUGAACAGCUACCAAGAUCGGUUUCGUCCUUGCUUAAGGGGCUCUUCAGUUGGCAAAUAUUCCCUAUGAUUAAAUUAAAUUAAAUUCAAAGACAAAAUUCAAAGAUAUCAAAAAAGAAUAUUUAUCUGUGACUUAUAUAUAGAAUUAAAAGCUCAAUAUAUAUAAUUAUAUUGAUGAUAUCUUCUUCACGUUCAAUGAAGCCAAGAUAAAAAUCAAGGCAAUCAUUAAGAAAGCAAAUGAUUUUCAUCCAAAUAUUAAAUUAGAAGCUACCAUUGGUAGUUGUGUUCCAUUUCUGGAUCUUCUCAUCAACAAUAAGAAUAGUAUUCUAUCCACAUCUGUCUAUCGCCAACUAGUAGCUGAACCAUGUGUUGUACCAUUUAUUUCUGAUCAUCCUCCUCAUGUCUUUUCGAAUAUUAUUCAUGCUGCUCUUCUUCGAGCUGUACGGUAUUCAUCGACAUCGGAAAUUUUUCAAAACGAACGUCGUGCUAUUCGAUUAAUGUUACUCUAUAAUGGUCUAAAACGUGACAUACACAAGAUUCAUUCAGAAACCUUUCAAGGUACACCAGCCAUGGAAAUUCGACUCAUUGUUGGACAUCGAAAUCAUCGUAAUACUGGACAUGAACUAGUAGAAAAAAGACCACAUCCAUCGCUUUUGAAACCGAUACAACUUCCAAAUACAAUAAAACGAAAGUCCUAA